AUGGCCAGUGAGGGAGUUUCAGGUACUGUGUCCGGCAAGACAGGUGAGCUAGUGGGUUGUGUGUCAGGGUCAUGUGACUCUGGGCAGAGGUGUGUAUGUGAGCCAGAUGUGUGUGAGCCUCCAUCUCUGGAGGAGCUGGAGGAGGUGUUACAUUCAGCCCAGAGCUCCUGUAGGCACGGAGACGAGGUGUGGCCCAACCUAUACCUGGGGGAUAUGUGAGUACACCUGCUUUUCCAGUUGUAAUUACACAGACUACACAGACACACACACACGUGCAUGCACGUGCACACACAUAUACCUACACACCACGUAUGUUUGGAUGUGGUGUGUGUGAUGGUGUGUUGUGUGUCUCAGCUACAUGUCUCAUGAUAGGUAUGGGCUGAAUCAGUAUGUUCUGUUGGUGCGUGUGUGUGUGUGAUGAUGUGUGUUUCUCCUAGGUAUAUGUCUCAUGACAAGUAUGAGCUGUGGAGGUUGGGCAUCACUCAUGUCCUGAAUGCAGCCCAUGGUAAGAUGUGUUGCAAAGGCAGUGAUGAUUACUACGGUACCACAGUCAGCUAUUACGGUGUUCCUGCCAAUGACCUACCCACCUUUGACCUCUCACCUUUCUUUUACCCUGCUGCUCAGUUCAUCCACCAGGCAUUAAAGUCAGGAGGUAAGCCACGACCCAUACAGUGAGCUUGUGUGUGUUGUCUGUGUCUGUGUGUGUGUGUGUGUGACUGUGUGCAUGUAAGUGACUGAUGCGUGACUGUGUAUAUGUUAUUCCCUUCCCUAGGCAAGGUGUUAGUGCACUGUGCUGUAGGAGUGAGUCGGUCGGCUGCGUUGGUCCUAGCCUUCCUCAUGAUCCAUCAUCAUCAUCCUCUGCUGGCAGCCGUCCAGCUGGUGCAGCAGAAACGAUGGGUCUUCCCCAACAGAGGAUUCCUAAUGCAGCUUAUAAACCUGGACUACACUCUUCAGAGAGAGAGAAGGGACUGA